GCGGCGGCGGCGGCGUCAGCUGAUCGCGGCGCGGCAGCGGCGAUGGACUUUCUCCUGGGGAACCCCUUCAGCUCUCCCGUGGGGCAGCGCAUCGAGAGAGCUACUGAUGGGUCUCUGCGGAGCGAGGACUGGGCUCUCAACAUGGAGAUCUGCGACAUCAUUAAUGAGACUGAAGAAGGACCCAAAGAUGCCUUCCGAGCCAUUAAGAAAAGAAUCAUAGGGAAUAAGAACUUCCAUGAAGUUAUGCUGGCUUUGACGGUCCUGGAGACAUGCGUCAAAAACUGCGGCCAUCGUUUCCAUGUCCUUGUGUCCAGCCAGGACUUUGUUGAAGGUGUCCUGGUGAGAACAAUCCUGCCCAAGAACAAUCCGCCUGCCAUAGUGCACGACAAGGUGCUGACCCUCAUCCAGUCCUGGGCGGACGCCUUCCGCAGCUCACCAGACCUGACCGGUGUCGUCGCUGUGUACGAAGACCUGAGACGGAAGGGCCUGGAGUUCCCCAUGACUGAUCUGGACAUGCUGUCACCCAUCCACACACCACAGAGGACCGUGUAUAGCUCUGACUCGCAAUCCAGACAGAGCUCACCUGAUGUCAGCUCCCCUCAGCAGGUAGAGUCCAUCCUGCACCCUGUCACCCUGCCCAGUGGGAGAGGCACGGCCAGCGAUGCACCCAUCACACCCACACCAGAGCAGAUCGGGAAGCUGCGCAGUGAGCUGGAGGUGGUGAAUGGGAACAUGAAAGUCAUGUCAGAGAUGUUGACGGAGCUGGUGCCUUCCCAGGCUGAGCCUUCUGACCUGGAGCUGCUGCAAGAGCUGAAUCGGACAUGCAGAGCCAUGCAGCAGCGUGUGCUGGAGCUGAUUCCCCGUGUCCUCCAUGAACAACUCACCGAGGAGCUGCUCCUCAUCAAUGACAACCUCAACAAUGUGUUUCUGCGCCAUGAAAGGUUCGAGCGUCUGCGGACAGGACAACCCGUUAAGGCACCAAAUGAGGCAGAGAACAGCUUGAUUGACCUGGGACCCAGUACUACUCCAGUGAAACAGCCUGAAGUCACCAACAACCUUUCCUCUCAGCUGGCUGGAAUGAGCCUGGGCACGAGCAGCGUCAGCGCGGGGCUGCGCUCCCUUGACACCUCUGGCAAGCUGGAGGAAGAGUUUGACAUGUUUGCCCUGACACGUGGCAGCUCGCUGGCCGAGCAGCGCCGAGAGGUAAAGUACGAAGACCCCCAGGCCUCCAAAGGACUCGCUGGGGCCCUGGAUGCCCGGCAGCAGAACACAGGCACGGGAGAGUCUGGUGCCUCCAGUGAUGGAGCCCAGCUGACUAAGUGGAUGAUGCGGCAAGGAAUGGUGCCAGUUCCCCAAGCCAAUUUCAUGGAAGACAUAGAGAAGUGGCUCUCCACUGACGUGGGAGAGUCGGAGGAUGCAAAAGGUGUUACCAGUGAAGAGUUUGACAAGUUUCUGGAAGAGCGAGCAAAAGUUGCAGACCAGCUCCCCACUUUGUCCAGCCCCUCAGCAGGGACGUCCGUGUCCCCUCCUGCUACCAGCCAGCACCGGAAGCAAGCGAAGGAAGAGGAUGCUAUGUUUGCCUUGUGAAUGCUAAGGACUUUGGUGUGCUGUGGAGCAAGAGGCUGUGUGUGCUGUUUUGCUUGCCUCCCACCAGGGGCCAGCAGGGGAAGGACACUGUCCCCUUCCUCCACUCUCUUCCUCUUUCCCUUCUGAGUUGUUUUUAUUUUUAAGCUGCUUUCAGAUUAUCUUCGUUGUGUUUAUGGAUGUCACACAAUAGACUUGUGAAGGGGGUUUUCAAAGCUGCUAGAGAAUGAGGGAGUUCAGUGGGAAGGGUUUCUUUGGUUUUGGUACGGUGUGGGCAAAGGGGAAGAAGCUCCCUGUCCUCCUCUCCAGUGAGGCAGUUAAGAGAUCUUGCCCAAGAAAUAGGAGAGGUUGCAGUCUGCUAUUGAAGUCAUUCCUGCCUGCCUCUUUCCUCGCCCCAUCCCUGGAAGGGCUCUCCAACCCUGCCCGCCGGAGUUAGACUGGAAAGCGUGGGGACGGGAAGCAGCACAGGUAGCAGAGGAGGAACACUGACGCUAGAGGGACCCCAUUGCUCUAGGUUGUCUUGUGCAAGUGCUUAUGGUACGCGACACCGCCCCACUCACAACCCCUUCUCCUCUCCUCCCCUUCCCCAUCAGCUUGUCCAGAAUCCCACCCACAGCCCGAAUGUUUCCGUUGCGUGGCAGGCAGUUACCAGAGCCCUGGGCUGCACGGGGGCUCGAGCUGUGAGUGGUGCCCAGGCCGAAGGGGCUGUCUGUCACAGGGUAGGAUGUGCCUUCAGCAACCUCUUUGCAGUUAAUUUAAUUCUCCCAUUACUCUGCUUUCCUGCCGUCUUUCCCGGUUGCCAUCCCACCUCUCUCUCUCUCUCUCUUCCGCUGCUGCCUCCCACCACAUCAUGCUGCAGCGUGGGGAACUUCUCACCAGGUCAAUGCUGUAGACCCUCUCUGGGUAUCAGGGUGUACUGAGGCCAAGGAGCUGCAUCCUCUAAAGCAGGAGGCCCUUCCACUGACGCUGUCACACCUGUGAGGACAUGCUGCUGCUGGGGCAGCUCCUUUCAGCUACUGAGCACAGGGGUGCAGCGAGACAUCAGCCGUCUGCUGCUAGCAAAGCAGCCCCACAGCAGCCAGGGACGACGGGCUGCUUCUGAGCAAACCCCACACGCUGCCCAACUGCAGGAGGCAGCCAGGGAGGAGGGGGCUGAGCCUGGGGCUCCUGCUCCUGGGAUUUCUUCUCGAGCGUGGGAGAAGUUGCCUUUUUUUUUUAUUGCGCAUUAAAAGGAGCAAAGUCUCGA